UAGCAGCCACACACUGUUUUGAUCAAACGCCAUUUCUCAGGUAUCGCGAGUUCGAAACAGAGUAGUAAAGAAUGGAGACGGCCCUGCUUCGCUUCCGCGUUAGUUUCUCCUGUCAUCCUCAUCCACACCACAAGAAAAUCGCCGCUCAUCACAGAGUCAACAAUGAGAUUCCUGGAGGAUCUGAAGACGAGUGGUCUCCUAAGGUUUUGAGUAGAAGAUCAUUACUAGCGACUGUUUCUGGACUCUCACUGGCCUCUUCGACGUCUUUAGCGUUUCCAGGGGAAGGAUUAGCUGUCGUGAAACAAGGUCUGCUCGCCGGGAGAGUUCCCGGUCUGUCCGAACCCGAUGACGAAGGUUGGAGAACAUACCGUAGACCAGACGAGAAGUCAGGAGGGCAUGGCGUUGGUUGGAGUCCUAUUAUCCCUUACGCCUUCUCUGUUCCUCAAGAUUGGAACGAGGUACCUGUAUCGAUAGCUGAUCUUGGUGGAACUGAGAUUGACUUGAGAUUUGCUAGUCCUAAAGAAGGCCGCUUGUCUGUAAUUGUCGCUCCCGUUCUAAGAUUUGCAGAUAACCUUGGGGACAACGUGAAGAUUGAGAAUAUUGGAACACCAGCGAAGGUGAUCAACGCCUUUGGACCAGAAGUUAUUGGAGAAAACGUUGAAGGGAAAGUGUUGAGUUCAAAUGUAGCGGAACACGAUGGUAGACUCUAUUACCAGUUCGAGCUAGAGCCACCUCAUGUACUCAUCACUGCAACCGCUGCCGGAAACCGUCUUUACUUGUUCAGUGUCACCGGAAACGGGCUUCAAUGGAAGAGAUACUACAAGGAUCUGAAGAAGAUAGCUACUUCCUUCCGCGUUGUUUAGAGACAUUUGCCAUAAAGUUUUUUUUUUUGAUCCAUGGGUUCUUGUACAAGUGAGUUAAUGGAUGAUCACUCUCGUACAUAAUGUAUUUGUAUAAAGUUGAGAACUCAUGCACCUUAUACAAUGAACCAAAUACGAGUAGUACAUUUAAGUUCAA